AUGAUCGCGAUUUUUACGGGAACAAGCGACUCGAAUUGGCCGGGUCCUUAUUAUCGCUGCUGUUUCGAGGACGUGUUGAAACGUUUCAACGCCGAAUUAAAGAGAGUUGCUGACAACUCGCUAGGGAAAACCUUGGCUGCACCACUCGACAUAGUGAAACACAUGCGUCAGGAUCUUAUAACGCAUGCUAUUUCGAAUGCCCUUUCCACAGGAAACUGGAUAAUUAAGCGGUUCCGAAUGGAACGGCAUGGAGUUACCCAGGUGCUGAGUCGGUUGUCGUACAUCUCAGCUCUAGGAAUGAUGACAAGAAUUAACUCAACUUUCGAGAAGACUCGUAAGGUUUCUGGCCCAAGAUCUCUACAGCCUUCUCAGUGGGGAAUGUUGUGUCCGAGUGAUACGCCAGAAGGAGAAGCUUGCGGAUUGGUGAAGAACUUAGCACUCAUAUCACACAUAACGACCGAUUCUGAUGAGAGGCCGGUACUUCGAUUACUUUUCAAUUCUGGGGUGGAGGAUCUUCAAAAUAUGCACUUUUCUCACAUCAAUAAUCCCAAUUAUCACCAAGUGUUUCUCAACGGUCUUCUGGUUGGCACAACUGUUGAUCCAGCUCGUGUAGUGCGCGCUGUACGAACGGUGAGGAGAAGCGGUUUGCUGUCUGAAUUCGUGUCUGUUUCUCGAUCGCUUCCUUUGCGCGCUGUUUACAUCGCAAGUGAUGGAGGUCGGCUCUGUCGUCCAUAUCUAAUUGUCGAAAAUGGAAAAGUUCUUCUUCAACCCCAUCACAUUCAGGAGUUGAAAGAUGGUCAACGAAUUUUCGAGGAUUUUGUGGAUGACGGGUUGAUAGAGUACUUGGAUGUGAAUGAAAUGAAUGAUGCGCUCAUUGCAGUGCACGAGACGGAUGUAAAUGCAAAAACAACCCACUUGGAGAUUGAGCCAUUCACUUUGCUAGGAGUCUGUGCAGGCCUUAUUCCAUAUCCGCAUCAUAAUCAGUCACCUAGAAACACGUAUCAGUGCGCUAUGGGUAAACAAGCUAUGGGAACUAUCGCGUACAACCAACAGAAAAGGAUCGACUCGAUAAUGUAUCUGCUCUGUUACCCUCAGCGGCCACUGGUCAAGUCGAAGACUAUUGAGCUGAUAAAUUUCGAGAAACUCCCGGCUGGUGCUAACGGAAUCAUAGCGGUUAUGUCUUAUAGUGGAUAUGAUAUUGAAGAUGCGUUGGUGCUUAACAAAGCGUCACUUGACAGAGGAUAUGGUCGUUGUCUGGUUUACAAGCAUGCGAAAGGAACGGCUAGAAAGUAUCCAAAUCAAACGUAUGAUCGCUUGAUGGGUCCAUCCCUGGAUCCAUUGACGAGAAAGCCGAUCUACAAGCACAGG